AUGGGGGGUCCCCAUGGGGAAAGGGGGAGCAGACGAGAGGGCGGCGCAGAGCGGCCGGAAGUGCCGGCGCACGUGGCCGCACCCGGAAGCGGCAGCGGGCGGGCGGCGAUGAGCGGCGGGGCAGGGGCGGCGGCGGCGGCCGGGGACGGGGCCGGGGCCAGCUCCGGUUCCGGUUCCGGUUCCGGUUCCGAGCGGCGGGUCCGCAUCGUGGUGGAGUACUGCGAGCCCUGCGGCUUCGAGCCCACGUACCAGGAGCUGGCGAGCGCCGUGAAGGAGGAGUACCCCGACAUCGAGAUCGAGUCCCGCCUGGGGGGCACCGACCGCCAGGACCUGGAGCAGCCCGACAAAGUGGACAAGCUGCAGGAGCCACUGCUGGAGGCGCUGAAGAUCUACGUGAGGAAGAGGAGGCCCAACAAGCCCCACAUGUUCCCCAAGAUGCUGAUGAAGAUCACCGAUCUCCGCAGCAUCAGCGCCAAGGGCGCCGAGCGGGUGAUCACGCUGAAGAUGGAGAUCCCCGGGUCGAUGCCGCCCCUCAUCCAGGAGAUGCUGGAGAACUCGGAGGGCAUGGACACGCUGGGGGGGCAGCCGGGCAGCCCCCGCGCAGGCAGCCUGGGGCCCCCCCCGGGCAGCUGCAGCCCCAGCCUCUCGCCCAGCUCCAACCGCAGCAGCCCGGCCACGCACUCGCCGUGACCCGCGCCCGGCGCGCACCAGGACAGAGCCCGGCCGCCGGCACAAUUUGAGGGUGCGAGC